GGAGUCCUGACGUCACGUCAAAAACAGAAUUUUUUGUAAAAACGCAUCGAUUGCCUAAGAAACGAGGAGAAACCUUGAGAACUGGAACGAUGUACUCGGCGACGGCCAAGGCCUUGCUGUGAGCGAAGUUGAUGACUUUCUGCAUCGUUGACACUCGUCACGUGACGCGUCGUGUUGUAUUGCGCAUGCGGUAUGUAGGCAUCGGUUAUAUUGUCUGGUUGUUGAGUGUUUGCUCAUAAACGUGAGAAGCAAAGGCUUCCAACGCCGUUGUCACUUCGCGUGAACUAACUUAGACUCUCCUAAUUCAGUUGACGACGCUACAUGGAGAAAAAGGGACUCGGGGACGAAGCCGUCGAGGAGAAAACGAUGACGGAAAAUGGCGAUUUAGAAAGAAAAACAAACUCAGUCGUGCCGUCAGACUCGCCAGUCCGAACGAUUCCCGGAGGAAGUACCCCUGGGCAACAUGUCCGCGUCCAGGUUCCACUAGCAACGGCGCUUCAAGGUUUUGCCAUGCAAGGACCGAAUGGCGAACCGAUUCUAGGACCGGAUGGUCAGCCCGUCCUUGUCCGUCUCGUUCCGGUCGGUGGCGGAGGCUUUGCUCAGCAGAUGUUCGUUGCUGGCAAGUUAGUGAAUGAAUCGGUUUCAUACAACAUCGCGCCUUCUGUCGACGUGCAGAAUGGUGAAGCAAUGCCAUUGGCUAAUGGAGUCCAUUCGCCGACCGGGUCGCUUUUUGAGACGUCUGAGAGUGCAGAGACGCGAACAGAGAAAUGCUCACAGAGCUUUACUGCACCGACUUCUAUACACGCACCCAAGAUUGUCGAGGUGGAGAGUCGAUCAGCUCGUGUGACGUGGUGCGAGCCGGAUGGAGACGGUAGGAGUCAAUCGAACUGGGUGUAUCAGCUGGAGAUGGCGCACAGUCGAGAUUCCAAGUUUCUGUUUGUUUACAAUGGGACAGAUGUUCAGCAUCUUGUUGAGAACCUGCAGGCAGGAAAGGAGUAUAGCUUCAGAGUCAAGGCCAUAUCUGACCAGAAAAACAGUAGCAGUUCAACUAUCAUUUCACCAGCUGUCAUCGUGACGACUCUAUCCGAUCGGCCGGGAACUCCUUCUGCUCCUCGCUUAGGCAAUCGCACAAGACACAGCUUGACUAUCAAAUGGAGUGCACCACCGAGCAACGGCAGCGAGAUUAUAGCUUAUCAUCUUGAGUGGGAUCAGGGUAAUCCAUACUCCGGAUUUGUCGAAGAAUACAAGGGAACUCAGCGACAACACAAAGUGUCUAAGAAACUCGAAUCCGGUCACUGCUAUCGUUUCCAAGUGUACGCGGAGAAUAGCAUCGGUCGAAGUAAUCUAAGUCCUAUUGCUGCUUUCUGCACUCUUGCUGGACCGCCAUCACCACCAGGCCAGCCGUUUCUUAUGAAUGUUAGUGUCGAUUCUAUUAGUAUCGGAUGGAAGGAACCCGUCGACAGCAAAGGAGAAUCGUUGGAGUAUAAGGUGGAGAUGGAAGAUCCAGAUUCGGGCUACGGGUUCAUGUCUGUCUAUUGCGGAGAGGCUCUGCAGUGUACGUGCAAGAAUUUGAAGAAGUUCUCGGUGUACAGCUUUCGGGUGACGUCUUCUAAUGCUCACGGGGUGAGCAAAUUUAGUGCCAUCAGUAUCUUCAAGACAGCACCGUCUGAACCAGGUGCACCCGGUGUUCCGAGAUUGGAUGGACGACCGCAGCCUCAUUGUGUCAAACUGAUAUGGGAUUUGCCGUCGGACUCUGGUGGCUCUCCGGUUUCCAAGUACAUCGUUGAGCUUGAUGAUGGAAAAGGUAGUGCUUUUCAAGAAGCACACAGCGGAAGUGACAAUUUUUGCUGUAUUUCCAAUCUCUUGCCUGGUAGAACGUAUCGUUGUAGAGUCUGCGCCACAUCAGCCGGUGGUGUGGGACAGUGGUCUAAAAUCACAAUGGUAACGACUCGUCCUAUUGCCCCUGAUGGUCCACCACCACCAUUUCUAGUCAAGGGACAGAAACCGAAAGCCGAUUCACUCCCUCUCCACUGGAAAUCUCCCGAUUCUACUGGUGGAUUGAAGAUAACGAAUUACAUUGUACAGAUGGCUGAAAGGGGAAAGUCGGGUUUUGCCGACGUUUACUCGGGGAGAGAUACGUCGUUUGUUGUCAAUUCCUUGCAGCCAGGUCGGAGUUAUCGCUUCCGAGUCAAAGCAAAGAAUCUCAUUGGCUACGGACCGUGGUCGGACUCUGCGUUGCUGACGACGUCGGCAGCAGUUCCCGAUCGUCCUGAUCCUCCGAUCUGUCACUGCCGGUCGCCAUACCACGUUUUAAUCGAAUGGCAAUCUCCACACGACAACGGCAGCAGAUUGAAGCAGUAUACACUCGAGUGGAUCAAAGAGAAGGCCGAGUGUGUGUACACUGGCAGCGACUUAUCGUGCGAGGUGAAAGGAUUAAAGCCGGCGUCGCAUAACUACUUCAGACUCAACGCUUCGAAUUCGGUUGGUAGCAGCCAGUGGAGCGAGGUUGUAACCAUUGUGAUGCCACCAGCGCCGCCAUCGGUCGUACCCGAAGUUCGGCUGUUGUCGUCGACGCACUCGGCUUUGCUUGUGACGUGGAUUCCGCCGGUGGACAAUGGAUCUCCGGUGUCUCACUAUGUCGUCGAAGUGAUAGGGAUCGAGAUCUGUCAAGUCGCAGACACCCAAAUGUUCAUCACGAAUCUUAAACCGGAAACAAACUACAGGAUUCGAGUUCAAGCUGUAAAUCGUGUUGGUAUUGGAGGUUUCAGCCCCGUGUUGAAGGCGACGACCGAAGCUCAACGACCUUUGGCGCCGUUACCACCCGAACUCGUUCAGGGCACUCACAACAAUUUAAAACUUCGUUGGGGCGUGGUGAGCAACCCUCAACAUCUCGAGUAUUGUCUUCAAAUGCGUUCACCGAGCAGAACAAGUUUUCAGGAUGUGUGUACGGGCUUAAUGGUUGCACAUCGAGUUAGUCGUUUGGUGUCGGAUUCGCCAUAUGUAUUUCGGUUAGCUGUCAUGAACAAGGCCGGUCGUAGCGACUGGAGUGAAGAAGUCGUGUAUCAGACGACGAGACAACCUCCGCCCGUUGUGACAGGACUUCUCUGCUCUCAGUGCGCUUCAAAGUCCUUGACUCUACAGUGGGAUCCCGUCGAGCUCGACAACACAGAUUCAAAUUUGAUCUAUGAACUACAGUGCUGCUAUCCCGGCAGCGAAGCAAACUUUCGUCAGAUUUACAGAGGAGCGGAUACCAGUUUCAUGGUCGACAGUCUGCAACCGACUACAAAGUACCGUUUCAGAGUACGGACUUGCCUUGGAAACGGAAUGGUAGCGAGCAACUCAGGUCCACAACCAUUGUAUGGCGGGUUUAGCAAGGUCAUAGAGAUUGCGACGCCCGAAGAAAAAGUGGCACCUGUUGUUACUCCUCUGGACAAAGCUGCUGUUGAUAGCAACAAGGAUGUUACGGUUUCGUCGAGUGUUGUUGAUGAAACAAGAAGCGAAGUUUUUUCGGUGAUAUUGACGCUCGAUCGGACUAGGACUGCUCUUGCUGUAUUGUCGAUUUGUCUGCUUUUGUUGGCUUUGUUACUCGGCUACAUGUUGGUGUGACCUCCUGGAUUGACUUUUAUAUGCUUAUUGAUUGUGGAUGAGGGCAGAUUUGUUAUUUAUAUUGAUUUUGAGUAAGGGAUAUAGAACUAGAAGUCUCUAUCAUACUUUGCAAUAGCAACAUUCUCGGUUGGCC